AUGAUUGAGCGAAAAGCCUAUAACUUACCGAGCUCAACAGCUCCGAAGAAUCGAGCUCUCCUCUGUCGCUGCUCAACAGCCCCAAUUCCUUUGGAUUUCUGGACUUCUCACAAAAAGCUCAGCCCAGCAGAGUUGGGAACUUUCCUCAUGUGGAAGCUAACUGCGCGGUACAUGUCUACAUCCCAGAUAGUAGUUGCCUUCAACCAUUUUCUCCUGCAGCAGUCGAAGCAAUACAUAAGUUUCCUUCGAACCAGUUAUUGUAUAAAAGUAGUUGGAGGCAAGAAUGGGUGGGAGGUCCCCAAAUCAAAGAAUGACCAACAAAUGUAUAACCAAUGGGCAUCAGAUAACAGGUUCAAGGUCAAUGACACUCUCCAUUUCAACUACACCAAAGACUCGGUGCUGGUGGUGACCAAGGACGAGUACGAAAAAUGCCAUUCUGCUCAUCCCAUCUUCUUCUCCAACAAUGGUGUGACUGUGUUCACAUUGGACCGGCCUGGUUUGUUCUAUUUCAUUAGUGGGGUUUCUGGGCACUGCGAGAGAGGCCAGAAGAUGAUCAUCAAAGUGUUGGAACCAGCAAGCCCACCCCAAUCUGCUGACCAGAACAAGCAGAAGAAUGAUGCUGCAGUUGCAAUGGCCACCAUCUCUUCUGCAACUCUCACGUCCUGCAUUAUGUCAUUUGUGGGGGUCCUUUUCUUCUGA